GCAUUGUUAUAUUCUCCUGAUUAUAUUAUCCACAAUCCGCGUUCGUAAUCCGUAGAUAACAACCACAAUAUUUUGCGAUUGUGUGUUUUGUGUUUGUUCAUUUCAUUUAAAAAAUUUUCAAAAGAUUUUUGCACUAAAUCGAUCAAUAUGAUCAUUCCAAUCCGGUGCUUUACUUGUGGAAAAGUCAUAGCAAAUAAAUGGGAGAGUUAUCUGGGCUUACUACAAGCCGAAUACACUGAAGGUGAUGCUUUGGAUGCACUUGGACUUAAGCGAUAUUGUUGUAGACGUAUGUUACUUGGUCAUGUUGACUUAAUUGAAAAACUACUCAAUUAUGCACCGCUAGAAAAAUAAUUUUCAUAAACAAUUUUAUACUUAUUUUAAUUUUUCUUUAAAUA